UCUGCGUCAGCAGUAAUUGUGUGCCUUGCACUGCUUUCAGUGAGGGUGAGUGCAAAAGAUACAUCAAUAUGAGGUAUCAAACCGAGGCUUAGGUGCUCUUUUUAAGUGGCUACUCAUUUCCUUGAGCCAUAACAUGGGCUAAAGGUUAACUUACAUAUUCUCUGUGGAAGAAAAAUUUCCUUUUUUUUGGGGAAGGGAGAAGGAGGGGCAAAGGGCGUUGUUUCAUAUUCUUUCCUACCUAUAGACUCCAUGUGAUGUACAGUGCUGCUCAUGCAGAUUUUUUUUUUUCCUCCCACUGGAUUAUUUGCUAAUCAGACUUCAGUGCAGUGGAGAUAAGGGCGAGACUUCUGCCUAGCUAGGAGGCUCUGCCGGCGCCCCAACCUCGGAGCCAGGAGCGACGCCGCUGCCGCGCCGGCUCCCGGCGCGCCCCCGCUCCGGCGUGCCGCGUGUCCAUGGGCCCGGCGCGGCGGAGCUGUCCGAGGUGCUAGGAUGCUGGCAGCAGCCGGAUUGCAGCGGGAGAGGAGCCCCACAGUCCUGCCGGCACCCGAAGGUAGGCUUGCUCUUUGUUUGAGAAUCCCUGAUUAAUCAACAGCAGCAUCCACGGACCCGGGCAGCUGGAAAGAGCAAGCCUGCCGGUAGUCACGGGGGAGAGACAGAGACGAUGCCACGAGCCAGACUGUUUCAGACCUUCUGUAAGUGGCAAUGAGCAAGCAAGCGUCUUUCCUGCUGCAAGAAGCCAUUUGGAUAGGAUAUUUGCUGUUCCUUAUAUUCCUUUCUUUUUGUCUCCACAGAACAUAUUCAAAUGAGGCACCUUAGAAAUCUCUGUGUUAGUGCAUAUGAUGGUGCUGUAAUCGUCUGUGUUGUAAAGUGGGUAAAAAUCAUCCAGUUUCUUCUCUGCUGGACCUCAAAGCAGGGUGUUGUUUAUACCCUCCCAUUAUCCAUACCCUCUCCUCUCUGAAUGUGGAUUUAAAGAAGAAAGCACCUGUCUUUUCUUUUCACUGCAUUUUUUUUUAAAGCCAAACUUUCCAUGCCAUUUUAAUCGUAUGUUAAGAAGACCUGUAACAUAACAGAUUGACUUAUAGUGAUGUCGACUUCUACAAUCUGGGCAAUUCUGCCAACAAGAUUUAAUGCACUUUAACUGAAGAAAAAAAACUGAGCCUAACUGAAAAUCUGUUUCUUAUGGUGCUGAAAUAUCCCUUCCAACUGCACUGAGAUAACCACAGGAAAGGGCUUUUACAGACAAAAGUCACCUUUGAUUAUUGCACUUAGUGGUCCCCGUGGACUUGAAUUUUGGAAACGUUGCUUUCCUUUGUUCAUUAUCUCCUGCAAGAUGAUGAGUUCUAAUCAGGAGGAGGUCACUUUGGGCGCUUUUCUCCAGUAUAUUGAAGAUAUGGGGAUGAAGGCCUAUGAUGGCUUGGUUAUACAGAAUGCAUCAGAUAUUGCUCGAGAGAAUGAUCGCAUGAGGAAUGAAACAAACCUGGCUUACUUGAAAGAAAAGAGUGAAAAACGCCGAAAACAAGAAGAAGCAAUAAAACGCAUAGGUGGAGAAGUAGCAAGAGGAAAUGAAGGCAGCUAUGUGGGGAAACAUUUCCGCAUGGGAUUUAUGACAAUGCCUGCUCCUCAGGACAGACUGCCACACCCCUGCUCCAGUGGCUUUACUGUCAGAUCCCAGUCUCUUCAUUCAGUUGGAGGAACAGACGAUGAAAGCAGCAGCUCUCGAAAGCAGCCGCCUCCAAAACCGAAGCGAGACCCCAACACCAAACUGAGCACCUCAUCUGAAACAGUCAACACUGGAACAACGAGCAAAAGUGGGAAACUACCAGACAGGACUGAAGUGUCAGCCAAACCAAGACCUCACAGUGAUGAGUACACAAAGAAGAUUCCACCUCCUAAGCCGAAACGAAACCCAAACACACAGCUAAGCACAUCUUUUGAUGAAACAUAUAUCAAAAAGCAUGGCCCUAUGAAGACAACACUCACUAGGGAUGCCUCGCUCUCGCAGGUCAGCAGUCCUGCUCCAGAUACAGAGGAAGAAGAGCCUGUUUAUAUUGAAAUGGUUGGGAAUAUUCUCAGAGACUUCAAAAAAGAUGAGGAUGACCAAAGCGAAGCAGUCUACGAGGAGAUGAAAUACCCUAUAUUUGAUGAUGUAGGCCAAGAUUCAAAAUGUCAAUGUGAAUAUGACCAUCACACUUGUUCUUCUCAGUGUGCUACUCCCACAGUGCCUGACUUAGAUUUCACCAAGUCUUCAGUGCCAUCCACUCCCAAGGGCUUGCUUUGUGACAUACCCCCGCCAUUUCCAAACCUGCUUUCUCACAGACCUCCACUACUGGUGUUCCCACCAGCACCAGUGCAGUGUUCCCCAAAUUCUGACGAAUCUCCUCUAACUCCACUAGAGGUCACAAAGCUUCCUGUUUUAGAAAAUGUGUCUUACAUCAAACAGCAAGCUGGAGCUUCUCCAUCUUCACUGCCACCUCAUACACCAGGACAUCAAAAACUGGAGAAAGACCAGACAGUAUCUCAUGGAACUAGCACCCCUGGGCACACCUCCUCACCUCCUCAUCCUUCUACCUUAUACAGAACGCAAUCUCCACACGGUUAUCCUAAAAGUCACUCUGCCUCACCUUCUCCUGUCAGUAUGGGUAGGUCUCUUACCCCCUUAAGCCUCAAAAGACCUCCACCUUAUGACUCUGUACAUUCAGGAAGUCUCUCAAGAAGCUCUCCAUCAGUGCCUCAUUCUACAGCCAGAAACACAUUGCAAGAAGGAGGAAAGAUGGUCAGUGUCUCGGUCAGCACCUACGGGUCAUCAUCUCAGAGCAGUUCCCGUUCUCGGACACCCACCAGUCCUCUGGAGGAACUAACCAGCCUCUUCACCUCAGGACGAAGUCUCCUGAGGAAGUCCUCCAGUGGCAGAAGAUCUAAGGAACCUGCAGAAAAACCACUAGAUGAGCUGAAGAUCAGAAGUCACAGCACUGAACCACUACCAAAGCUGGAAAACAAAGAGAGAGGACAUCAUGGAACAGCUUCCUCUAGGGAGCCAGGGAAAGCUCAGGAAUGGGAUGGAACGCCAGGCCCCCCUGUGGUGUCCAGCAGGCUGGGGAGAUCCUCUGUCAGCCCAACCAUGCUGGCUGGAGGCAACAGCUCAGAGUCUAAAGCAAGUUGCCGGUUAGGCCGGUCCGCAUCCACGUCAGGAGUGCCUCCUCCGUCUGUGGCGCCGCUCAGGCAGCCCAGUGACCUCCAGCCGAGCCAGGUGACGUGCAUGCAGUGGUUACAAGGGGACCAUACGAUGCUGGAUAUGAUUGAAAAGAAACGUUGCCUCUGCAAAGAAAUCAAAGCUCGACAGAAAUCAGAGAAAGGACUCUGCAAACAGGACAGCAUGCCUAUUUUGCCGAGUUGGAAAAAGAAUGCCGGGACCAAGAAAUACAGUCCUCCUCCUUAUUCUAAACAACAAACUGUUUUCUGGGACACUGCAAUUUGACAGGGCUGUGGAGGAUGCCCUCUCUACUGUGUUGCACCAAGCACAG